AUGGAUCUCCUAUCUGGCCUGCGCAAGGGCGAUUCCUCGCGUGGCGGCCGGUCCGAGUUUAAAUGGGAGGAUGUCAAGGAGGAUAAGGACCGUGAAAACUAUUUAGGGCAUUCUCUUAUGGCCCCUGUCGGUCGAUGGCAAAAAAACAAAGACCUCACAUGGUAUGCUAAAUCUGGGGCUGGUGAGACGUCAGCUGAGGAAGCCCGUAAGGAGGAGAUCCGGAUGAUCAAGGAAGCGGAACAGGAUGCUCUUAGUGAGGCCUUAGGAUUCAAGGCCUCUGUCAAGAGACCUAUGGAUCCUGUUGACCAGGGCGAGGUCAAGAGGGCUAUUAGGGAGUCCGGAAAUGAAGAGGAGGAGGGUAAGGGAGUUGGUUUCGGGAAGAGAACCGGAAAGAACAUUCUCGAUGGCGCGUCUAGGGGAUGGGAUGAGGGAGGUGGUGUGAAAGGGGAGUUUAAGCCCGCGGAAAAGGGUAGAUGGAGAGAACGUAGUGGUAGACGGGAGCGGAGCAGAAGUAGGGGUAGGGACGGUGGGGAUAGCCACAGACACUGGGACAGAGACCGGGGGGGAGUGAGAGUCACAGCCAUUGACCAGGUAACCGGUUUUAUGCAAUUAUCCUACCCUCCAGCCCAGAUGCGACAAUCGGUUGCUGGCGUUGAGGACAAAAUAAUGCAUGAUGUCCAUUCCCCGGGACAAAUUGAGCGUAUCCUUCUCGAAGAAAACGGCACCGGUCCUGAAAAGCCACCCAACGGCAAUUCCUUCAAAAAUAUUACUGUCCUGCGUGGAGGCGAUGAUCUAGGAACCCUUUUUUUUCUUCGGUCACAAUUCUUCCAAGUAUACCUACCGCCAAUUGAAGGGGCCGGUCCUUCAGCUGAAGGCAAGAAGAGAGCUACAUCCCGCUCACUCAAGGCCUCAGAAUCCUCCCGUUUGACGGUAAACACAAAGAGCAAGUCACCUAUCGAUGAGACACACCCCAACAACAAACACAUUGACGAAGAGACGAUAAAGGGAGAAGAGGAAGAGCUUGUUAAAAAACCAACAACCAGGAAUCGUUCCCCUGCAGUGGAAACUCCGAGAAGUAGCCCUCGCCGCACCCGGGAUAAGAUUGCAAAGACCGCAUCUCUAGUUGAUGAGAUGCACCCUGGUGAUAAACAAGAAGACGACAAGGCGCUGGAGGAGCAAAAGUCACCUGCAACCAGGAGGCGUCGGGCUAUGCGGAGGCGCUAGUUUGCUCUUUUCUUACUUUCUGGGGCCGCCGUGUUGAGGGGGCGUGAGAGUGAGAGAGUUCGUAUCUUAUCAGAUGUUACAAGUGGUUCUAAGUCUUUAUUUCGCACACUUUCUUAAUUUCCUAGGGGAAUUUUUACUUCUCACACUUUUCGUUUUGCAGGUGGUCUGUGUCAGUCUAUUAUAUCCCGAUUCUAUUUCAGCCUUUGCUCAAAGGCUAGAUUGAUGGAAAGACGGAUCACCAAAUUGAAUAAGAAAAAAAAAAAA